CAGCAGCAGCAGCAGCAGGCGGCGGCGGCGGCGGCGGCGGCGGCGCGGGGCUGGAGCGGCGGGGGCUCCUUUGCCAGGAUGGACUCCCGGGUGUCCGAACUCUUCGGCGGCUGCUGCCGGCCGGCCUCAGGAGGCGGGAACGGCGGGGCUUUGCGAGGCCGCCCUGGAGCCGGCUCUGGCAACGGAGGCUCCUCCAAGGGGAGGAAGAAGAACGGCAGGCACCGAAGCGGGAAGGCCAACAACCCGCCCUACCUGCCGCCCGAGGCAGAAGAUGGAAACAUAGAAUAUAAGCUGAAGCUGGUUAACCCUUCUCAGUACCGCUUUGAGCACCUAGUAACGCAGAUGAAGUGGCGACUACAAGAAGGCCGUGGUGAAGCAGUGUACCAGAUUGGUGUAGAGGACAAUGGACUGCUCGUAGGACUGUCAGAAGAGGAGAUGCGUGCCUCUCUCAAAACACUGCGGCGAAUGGCUGAGAAAGUAGGAGCUGAUAUCACUGUGCUGCGGGAAAGAGAAGUGGAUUAUGACAGUGACAUUCCCAGAAAGAUAACAGAGGUGCUGGUCCGAAAAGUGCCAGAUAAUCAACAGUUUCUAGACCUACGAGUAGCUGUGCUUGGGAAUGUGGAUUCAGGCAAAUCAACCCUGUUAGGUGUCUUGACACAAGGAGAACUUGAUAAUGGGCGGGGUAGAGCUCGUCUCAACCUUUUUCGGCACCUGCAUGAAAUCCAGUCUGGGAGGACAUCCAGCAUCAGCUUUGAAAUUCUUGGCUUCAAUAGCAAGGGAGAGGUUGUGAACUACAGUGACUCACGGACAGCUGAGGAAAUCUGUGAGAGCUCCUCCAAGAUGAUCACAUUUAUUGAUUUGGCUGGUCAUCACAAGUACCUGAAAACCACUAUCUUUGGCCUCACAAGCUAUUGCCCAGAUUUUGCAAUGCUGGUGGUGAGCGCAAACACUGGGAUUGCAGGUACAACUCGAGAGCAUCUAGGCUUGGCUAUGGCGCUCAAGGUCCCCUUCUUCAUUGUCAUUAGCAAAGUGGACUUAUGCUCAAAAGCCACCGUGGAGCGGACAGUAAAACAGCUGGAACGGAUCUUGAAACAGCCUGGCUGCAACAAACUCCCUUUGCUGGUAACAUCAGAUGAUGAUGCAGUCACAGCAGCACAGCAGUGUGCCCAGUCUCCCAACAUCACUCCUAUCUUCACCUUGUCCAGUGUUUCUGGAGAAAAUUUGGAUCUUCUGAAAAUUUUCCUCAACAUCCUUCCUCCCCUGACAAACAGCAAGGAACAGGAAGAGCUAAUGCAACAGCUCACUGAGUUCCAGGUGGAUGAAAUCUACACUGUACCUGAGGUGGGCACUGUUGUUGGUGGAACUCUGUCAAGUGGGAUAUGUAAAGAGGGAGAAAACCUGGUGGUUGGUCCAACUGAUGAUGGCAAGUUUCUACAUCUGAAAGUGUGCAGUAUCCAACGAAAUCGCUCAGCAUGCCGUGUGCUUCGAGCUGGACAGGCUGCUACCCUGGCUCUUGGACACUUUGACCGCUCACUACUGCGCAAAGGCAUGGUGAUGGUCAGCCCAGAGAUGAACCCCACCAUUUGUUCAGUGUUUGAAGCUGAAAUUGUUCUGCUCUUCCACGCUACAACUUUUCGGAAAGGAUUCCAAGUAACAGUGCAUGUUGGCAAUGUGCGGCAAACAGCAGUUGUGGAGAAGAUCCACGGGAAGGAUAAGUUGCGGACAGGAGAAAAGGCUGUGGUUUGCUUCAGAUUCAUUAAACAUCCUGAAUAUCUGAAGAUAGGAGCUAAACUGCUUUUCCGUGAAGGUGUUACCAAAGGUAUUGGACAUGUCACUUACAUUCAGGCUAUUACCAUUGGUGAAAACGGCUUGGAGCAGGGCUUGGAUUCUGAGCUGGUCAGUUUCUGACUUUCGUCUCAUCUGUGGAGUUUUGCAAUAGAAGAAGGGAAGGAAUCUCUCACUAGUGUGCAGAGUUCCUGCUGUCCAGUUGAUGUACAUGGGCAGAUCUCCUCUUUUGCAUGGCAGAAGCCAGAAUCACCUCUUGGAUUGAGUGGUCUUCCUGUUGUUUGUACAUCACCUGCUGCUUCCAUAUCCCUGCCUUUCUUGGAAUAGACAACAGUGCAGCCGCAUCUUUGCCUUGGCUGGCAAUUCCUGCUUUGGUGACUUUUGUUGAAAAGUCAUUCCUGGGUAGAGGGCAAAGCCCUUAAGUGUUCUGGACUGUAACUUGCAGAUACUGCCACCUGGGAGGCAGCAGUAGAUCUAUUUCUUCUCACAGGGCCCAGUCCUUUAGUGUCCUGUUGUCUGGUUUUGCAAGCUCUCUGUGACAAAUGAGCAAAUGAGUUACAGCUGAAAGUUACUCAUUGCUCAUAGUACAGCUCGGGAAAUUUCUUUAAAUUCACCUUAUUUGCAUUUUAAUCUAUUGAUUUUAUCAAUCUCUCCUCUAUUCACACUUUUUUGUGCUCAGUUAUCAGCUAAUGCCAGAUUUGUUUUUCAGAGGAGUUGAGAAGGAAUACCUCUGAAAAAAUUUCAAAUCUAAUCACAACUACAGUUCCUAGCUCAUUAAUAUGUUAUCAUGCUCCCACAGGAUCCUUUGAAAAUCAUUUAUCCCUUGGCAGUAUUCACCAGGGGCCAUAUGUAUGAAGUGACCACCUAAAACAGAGCUGGCUCAUUAGACAUCAAACACAUCUCAUUGCUUUUGUUGGCUACUUGCAAUCUUGCCUGAGAUGCCUGUCCAGUCUUACUGUUCCACUGAGUGCAUUGAGAUUCCAGUUCAAACUGUUCUUGGUAAAACAUGCCUUAAUUUCCCAUUGUUAAACCAGUAAGGGCUGUCCAGCCAUCACAGGAAGUUUUGCAAUGCUGUCACAAUUUGGACUCCAGUGCAAUUUGACCAGAUAUUAUUACUAUGCUCCAGACACCUAUACUUACAUGUACAGUUUAAGUCUGUAUGUUUCAGGUUAGGGUAAGGCAGCCUAAAGCACUGAGAGAUUUCUCAUUUGUAAUUAUUUUACGAUAUUUUAGAUGCUUUUACUUAACUAGUCCCAUAUAUCUUAGCCACUGAGGUAGUGGGGGUCCAAAUAGCCAAGUCAGCAUGGCCAGUAAAAAAAACACUGACUUGUUCUCACUGAAAAAUUCCCCCCCUCCUUCUGUUCCAUUUGUUCUGCAGAUAUUCAAUUAUUAACAUUAAAACUGUUUCGCUACACAGAAAGCUUCUAGCUUCAUGGUGCUUUUUUUUAGCAGAACUCAUAAUUCACUUUAUAAUCUUUUCAAUAGUACAGUGGAUAGUUGGUAUAAAGAAGUUGUAAACUUCAUCUGUUUAUCAUGAUUCUUUCAUAAUAAUGGUUUAUCUACUUCCAUUUAAUAAUUUGGAUCACCCCUUAUAAAGAAAACACAAGGUAAACACUUUGGUCCGAGUAGGUUUAUUCUGGGGGAAGAAAAUGCUUUCUUUGCAUUUUGCAAUGAUGGACAGGUUAACUCCAUUGUAAACAAACAUACAAGGUGCUGUUAAGUCCUGACAUUUGAUUGUUCCUUCCCUUGUGUUCUAUUGUGUUUUCAGUGCCAUGCUUUUCAUAUUCACUGUUUGUGGAUUCUUUAAAGCAGGGAGGUGUCUUCAUCUCUCUUUAUAUAUAAUGUACAAAAUAAAGAUGUUUUAUUGAAAGAA